AUGAACGGUGGCAAGAGGUUUGGCAGCGGCCGGGUGCCCACGGGGACUCCAUCCCUCGCGUGGUCUUCUGUCGUCAUCGUCGGCUCCCUCCUCGCUGGUGCCUCCAUCGUCCACAACAUCUACACGCCUGACAUGGUUCGUCUGUACUCUGUACAGCCCUUCCACCCCUGCCACCGUGCACACCACCUGUUCGACCCAAUCCCUACACCAGACCCUCCUGCUUAUUCUUCCAUUUUCAUUUCCCGCUCCUGCAGACCAUUCCACCUGUGGAGAGUACCAGCGGAGGCAGCGGCCAAGGGAGCUGAGUUGCGAAUGGCUGGACACUACAUGCAAGAGAGGCUGGGCAUGAAGAAGUGA